GCGCUUCCCGCGGCUGCGGCGGUUUCGCGGGUCGAGUUUAAACUCGGGGCCUCGGCGGAGAGGACCCCCUGCACGCUGCGGUCAAGAUGGCGGCGUCCAGCCGCGCGCAGGUGCUGGACCUGUACCGCGCGAUGUUGCGGGAGAGCAAGCGCUUCGGCGCCUACAAUUACCGAACUUAUGCCAUCAGGAGGAUAAGAGACGCCUUCAGAGAAAACAAGAAUGUGAAGGAUCCUGUAGAAAUUCAAGCCCUGGUGAAUAAAGCCAAAAGAGACCUGGGCAUAAUCCGUCGGCAGUGUUUUAAGAUCAUAACUCCAGACCGUGCCGCCCUUUUCCUGAGGACGCCGUUGCUGGCGAUGAGCCUGAGUUUUGUCGCCGCAUGGCAGUGUGUCUGCAGGUGUGAAGCGUGGCUGCGUUGCCCCGACCCCACAAGGACCCGGCGAGGGUUUUGUUUGCUCUUGCGGAAGAGCCACCUGUCGCCUUGGCCUCUCGCUCUGCUCUUCUCUCGAGGUGGACGGGGCCUCUGCCGCAGCCUGGCCUCCGGGUGGGGCGACGUGUCCUUGUCUCUGGAGAGUUAAUCAGGGCGCCAAAGGCGGAUCGGCCUGCUGCCCGCUGGUUUUCUCACCCUCUGAAAAGUCCUCCUUUCCGCUCUUUUUCUCUAAUUCAGCGCUGGUCACACCGUAAGCUCCACUUUGCCUCCCCUUGUUUAUCACUCGUCCUCGCAGGGAGUUUGUUUAGCUGCGGAAGGACACCCUUACAUUUUCCCAAGACCCAUGAGUGUGUUAGAGGGGCUCCUUCAGCGUUGUCAGGAGAUCCCAGCGUGGCUGACAUGAUGUCAUAUCGUGACUUGUGACAUGUGUAUCGGGAUAUAUAUUUAUAUCUCUGACCCUUCUUCAUGCUUGACUCGAAACCAUUCAUAAAAGAAGCAGUAUUAAAAGUUGGUUUUCAUCUUAUGUCAAAGUUAAUAGUCUUGUUAUGUUGCCUGCAUCAUAGAACAAUCCCUUCUAUAAUAACUUUUCAGAUUCUGACAGCUCUUCUUGAGUUCUGCAGUUAUCUAGGAGUAGAAUAACUCGGCCAUUUCUAAGAAAUGAUCUUUAACUAAAGGCAUGAAGAGAUAAUAGGAUCGUCUGUAAAAGAAGCUGGUCUGCAGAUUUCCAAGGAUGCCAAUAGUGGCAGAGAAGUGAGUUGCCCUUUUGAAAACUCUAGAAGGAUGGCCUGCACCAGGCUUCAGUGGGGAGUUUUACAGGACCCGUUAAUACCCGGACUUGGGAAAACAAGCAGCCUGCAUGUUUAUUUUGCAUAAAUUCAGGAAGAUGCAGUUUUUGGCAUUUUCCCACACAGAGGUUGGCAAGCGCCUCCAAAACAGGCUGGUUUUCUGUUUUACUGUAAAGUUGCUCAGAGUAGGAGCUGCUGAGAAAAGGGACCUGUAUGUAAUCUUGCCACCAUUUCUUCUGUUAUAUAAUUGUGUCACUUCUCAGUUUGAAAUGUUUUAUUUUUAAAAAAAAAUGGAUAGACUGGCUCUCACCAGACAUGGCCAGUGAUUCCGCACAAACCAGUUUCAAACCCUGGGCCGCGGGCCCGGCCCUCCCCAGGACAGCCUGCCAGGCGCGCCUUUCUUGAUGGGGGGGCGGGGGCGUGCAGCCCACUUCCGGGCACAGGGCUUCUGUGUUACCCGCCAGAGCAGCGGGGGCCUCCCUGUUGCGUCAAGACUGUGCUGAAUCCCAGCGUCACAUUGACCGCAGCUACCUUAUGAGAUGGCCGUGACUCUCAGAGCUGCCUCACACUGAGCUGGCCAGGCUGACCUUGGCCUUGAGGCCGUCAAUAAAACGGCCUCGGUCAGUCUCCACACUGCUGAUGAGAUCGCUGCGGCCCACCUCCCUCCCUGCCCCCUGCAGUCUGCUCCCCAUGGGCUGCAGGCUGAGCUUUCUAAAAGAAAGUCAGAGCAGGUGACGUGCCUGCUCGAAACCCUCUGGGGGCUCUGUGGGCCGGCCCGUCUCCCCCGUCCGCAGCAUCCCGGUGACCCCGUGCUGCCCCGGCCACCGCCCCCUGCCCCCGGCCUGACCCUCCUGGAGCCCCAGUCCGCCUCGCGUGGAACAGUCUCCCCAGACCUUCCCGGAGCUGGGCUCCCCUUGCCACGCCGGGCUUCACUCAGAUGGCUUGAGUCGCAGAGUCAGUCAGCGGGUAAUAACGUGCGACACCCCCCGACAGCCAGCACGUCACAGUGCUUGCACACUGGUCAGUCAGGAGGUCCAGCCCGGCUCCCUGUGGCGGCGGCUCUUCAUUGUUUGGGGACUGAAUGAAUAUACCACGUUUGUCGCCUGAGUCUGUGGCCCUCAGUCCAGGGUGUGUGCCGCCGGAAGCGUGCUGCCCUGAACCCAUAGUGCGGAUGGUCCGCGGGAGGAGGGAGGGAAUCCGGCGACCUGAGGCGUCACCCUUAGCCGCAGUGACCCCCCGUCACGUCUGCCUCCACGGGCGCUCGCCCUCGGAGACCGUCCCCCGGGCCGCUCCUCCGUCUCAGCAGCAUUGCCCUGGAUGAGAGCCCGCGGCCACCUUUCCGGCCGCCAGGCACACACCUCGGUGAGGCAGCUCUCAAGAGCGUCCUCUUGACGUGGCCCCGCCUCCUGCCCCCUGUCCUCGCUGAGGGUCUCGGCUGUGACGCUGUUGACGCCCCGUCACACGGUGAGAUUCUGUAGUUUUUACAGAAGUCUCCGAGGAAAGAUUUCUUCUGGUUGUCUAGGCACAGAGAAUCCAAGGUGCGAGAAGGCUGGUUGCCCUGUCUCAGGGGGCGCCCGGCCAGACAUGCACUCAGGUCUCCAUUCCUGAGGGCAAACUCCGAAGUUUCAGGACGUGAGCUCCUGCGUCCGGAGAAAUGUCAGGAUAAAGAUACUUUCAAGUCCUCUCCCAGUUUUGUUCUCCAGGCAUUUAAGGACUGCGUCGUCCUAGCCCAUCCUGUCCUCAGAGACCUUGUCUGUCAUGUGCCAAGACCUUUAGUCUUCACAUGGCCACCCCAGGGAUUCCAGCAGCAUCAGCAGCUCACACCGGCCUUCACCACGGCUCGAGGGGUGACUCUCACCGCGGAAAGCACGUGCAGGGCGCAUUCCCCUUGCACGAGAACAUCGGGCUCCUUUCCUCACUGUCCGUAACUGUGGCCCACGGAUGGGAGCUGGCCAGCCACGCCGUCUUUGUUGUGGACCACCUCCCCCGCUAACCCCAGGUAUCUCUCUCCACCACCUCUCCCCCUAAC